AUGCCACCGACCUUCGUCUCACCAGCGACGGGGCUUGUCACCCAGCCGUAUGGCGCAUCCACUCUAGUAAUGGUAGGAUUCAUUUCUGUCGCCUGCUACAACUGCCUGGAGAUGUUUGUCCUGAUCUUCGACUUCUUCCAAACCUGGCGCGGCGUGUACUUUUGGAGCAUGCAAGUUGCAACAUGGGGUCUUGCCACCCUCUCAGUCUUUCUAAUUCUUCAGGGUUUCUCGCUGGCCCCAUUGCUAGUGAACGACAUUGGACUAGUGCUCGGCUCCAUUGCGCUGUCCGUGGGGUCAUGCAUCAUGCUCUACUCGCGAUUACACCUCAUUGUUGAGGACGCGCGCCGCAUCCGCUGGGUGCUCUGGUUGAUCAUUAUCAAUAUCUGCUCCUGCGACAUCCCCAUCAUUGUAUUCCUGAUCGCAAUCCAUGCCGGUGCCUCAAACUUGAUAGAACCGGGGGCCAAUUUCGCCAAGUUUUCGGCCGUCGCCAAAAGCGUGGUUCAGCUGAUCAUCGCAUGCAUCUACAUCUACGAAGCAAUCCGCAACCUCAAGCCCAUCGUCGCUAUGAAGGGCCCCGCCGCGCGCCGAGUGCUCCUGCAUCUUAUCGGCAUCAACGUCUUCAUCGUCAUGUCCAUCAUCAGCCUCGUCGUCAUGUUCUUUCUCGAGGUCGAAAUCAGGCAGUUCUUCAUCCCCUUUGUCCAAAGCGUCAACCUCAAGCUGGAGUUCAACAUCCUCAACAAACUUGUCACUCUGCUCCAGAGUCCCUCCAGUUGUCAGCACAGUUUGCACGGCUGCCAUAUUGUUGAGGAAACCACCUCCGCGACCGCAAGCCCGGCUCCGAACGAGCACACCUCCGUCUUCAGCAAGACCCGCCGUGGAUCGGACCAUCCCGUCCGCAGGCUCUCCCAGGAACCUCCUGGACUGUGGGCCGACGAGUCGUGCUACAGAAUGGCCGCGCUCGAAUCACAGCCUAGUAUCUCAGUCUCCGUCUUGGAGCCUCCCCGGGCCCUAUCCUCGGAUCACCUCAUCUACAACCAGGCCGUCCUGGAAAUCGCAGAAGCCACAUCGUACUCGGUUGCGGAGGUUCCGUCGCAUCUGAGGACAUAG